GGUGUCCUAGCCAUCCAGGAGGCCCACACCAUCCUCUGCCAACCCCUGAGCACUCCACCUAGAUCAGCAGCCAGCCCAGCAAUGGCAGGAAAAGCCACCUCUGAGGCUCCUGCCUCUGGCACAGAGGAGACAGCGUCUGAGUCAGCCACGGAGUCUGCCACGGUGCCUGCCACAGGGCUUUCUGGAGAAGUGGCGGCAUCAGAGUCCACCGGGAAAGAGCAGGCUGGGGAGCCCCGGGAGCCUGUCUCUCAGGCACCUUCCCCCACAGCUCUUCCAGGCCCUGCAGCUCCUGUAUCUUCUGUAGCCACUAAGCCUGCACCUCCAAGUGAAGAUGUCCCCAGCUCCCCGCUGAUGCUGACCAUCGUGGAUGUGAGCCACAACUCUGUGACUGUGAGCUGGGAGCCCCCUGAGAAGCUGGGGAGGCUGGGGCUGCAGGGAUACGUGCUGGAGCUCUGCCGAGAGGGAGCCUCAGAGUGGGUGCCUGUGAAUCCCCGGCCCAUGAUGGUGACCCAGCAGACAGUACGGAACCUGGCGCUGGGAGAGAAGUUCCUCCUACGAGUGGCUGCAGUGAGCUCCGCUGGGGCUGGGCCACCGGCUGUGCUGGACCAACCUGUCCAUAUCCAAGAGAUCAUUGAGGCCCCCAAGAUCCGUGUUCCUCGGCACCUUCGUCAGACCUACAUCCGCCUGGUAGGAGAGUCCAUCAACCUGCAGAUCCCCUUCCAGGGGAAGCCAAAGCCUCAAGCCUCAUGGACCCACAAUGGCCAGGCCCUGGACAGCCAGCGAGUGAGUGUGCGCAGCGGGGACCAGGACUCCAUCCUCUUCAUCCGCUCAGCCCAGCGCUCCGACUCAGGCUGCUAUGAGCUCACUGUGCGGCUGGAAGGCCUGGAGGCCAAGGCCACCAUUGAUAUCCUGGUGAUUGAGAAGCCAGGACCCCCCAAGAGCAUCCGGGUUCUGGAUGUCUGGGGUUGCAAUGCUGCCCUUGAGUGGACCCCACCCCAGGACACAGGCAACACAGAGCUCCUGGGCUACACAGUGCAGAAGGCAGACAAAAAGACAGGGCAAUGGUUCACAGUGCUGGAGCGCUACCACCCGACCACCUGCACCAUCUCCGACCUCAUCAUCGGCAACUCGUACUCCUUCCGGGUCUUCUCAGAAAACCUGUGCGGCCUCAGCGACACAGCCACCAGCACCAAGGAGACUGCACACAUCCAGAAGGCAGAUAUCACUGUCAAACCUAAGGGGUUUAUUAAGCGAGACUUCUCAGAAGCACCCUCAUUCACCCAGCCCCUGGCUGACCACACCUCCACCCCUGGCUACAGCACCCAGCUGUUCUGUAGUGUCCGAGCAUCACCCAAGCCCAAGAUCAUCUGGAUGAAAAACAACAUGGACAUCAAAGGUGACCCCAAGUACCGUGCUCUUUCUGAGCAAGGGGUCUGCACCCUGGAGAUCCGGAAACCCAGUCCCUUUGACUCUGGGGUCUACACCUGCAAGGCCAUAAAUGUGCUGGGGGAGGCGUCUGUGGAUUGCCGGCUGGAGGUCAAAGCCUCAGCCACACACUGAAGAGUGACGGGAAGAGGCUGGGAUGAAGAGACAAGGAGAAUGCACAAAGCUCCACGCUGACAGAGCCCCAAUUCUGCAUGCGCACCACGGCUUCCCAGUACCUACGAAGACUGCUCAAUAACUGUUUGCUGGAUGAAUGAAUAACUACAUGUAGAAAUGGAUUAACAAAUCUAUACAGCCAUUUAUUCAGAAAUGAUUGACUGAGGAUCUACCACGUGAUCCGGCUCAGGGAGCCAGAGAUAGAGACGAAGUGGCAGGUGCUCAAUUAGAGAUGGUCAGUGAGGAAGGCCUGGCCCCAGCCCUGGAGGUCAUCACAGUGUGGGUGAGGACAACAUUCACUGGUUUGUGCCCCCACUGCACUGGCAGCUGCAGGGGCCCACUGCUGAAUCAGACAGCUACAGUUCCCUGGGUCCGUCCUGACAUUAAGUCUGCAGUGGUAGAUGAACAAGUGGUGCCGGGCCACCGGGUAGCUACCAUCGUGUGCACCAAAGCAGCUCUGAGCCCAGCAUUGGCCCUACGCAUGGGGAGGCCAGCAGAGGCUCCCCUGGCCACAUCUGGGCUCUGCAGUCUUCUCACACGCAGUCCAGAGAAGCAGGAUCUCCACGCCCUGCUGAAUCCCAGCAGGAAUGUAAGAGUGACGAGCUCCUCAGGGGUCCUUUGCUUCAUGAACUGCCCCCAUUCGCGAAUGAGAUCACUUCCUGUGCACAGAGCAGUGGCCCUUCCCUGCCUAUAAGAUAGCCCUAAAGCAUUCUGCUUGGUGGACCCAAAAGGCCACUCGGCAGAAAGGGAGAGGUAUUACUGUUGCUGCAAGGACAAUAUUGGAGCAUGCUGGUCCCGGAGGUGUUUGUUCUUGGCUUUCCUUCCCAGCUCUGCCCUGCGCUGUGACAUCAGGAGGUGACCCCUGUUGGCUGCAUUUCCUAAGCCCUGUGUCAAGUGGGUUAUGGGAAAAUGUAAGUGCUGAAGGAAUGGUGGAACAAGGGAGAAAGGCACCCCUCUCUCUGUCCCAGCCCAUCUCAGGCUAUGAUUAUAUCUCUUUCUUGGCUGGACCUGCCUCCAGAUACACCCACCAUGGGUCCAGUCGCCACCAGCCAACCUCAUCCCAGGCUGCAGAGACACUGUCUCAUCCCCUGGCUCUCAGGCCUGGUGCUGCAGAACCACCUCUUCGCUAGUCUUGCUACUCUCACUGCCCCUGUUGGCAUCUCAGCGCUCCAGGCCCAUGUGCCCAGUCUCUGGCAGUGAAGGCCCUCCGUUAUGAAUCUCUGUGCCCUGGGUUUGACCUCAGCAGUUCAGGGUGAGCAGGAAGAACUGAGCCCACACAUCCCUCCAGCGGAGGGAGCAAGCUGGGAGCCAGCGGCCAGUCUCAGAUGCACAGUGAAUCAGGAGAGACAGAGACUAAAUGAUGGCUGUGGGAAAGGGUACUGUGGUCUGUAUGAGAGCAGGGGUGAGACAGGGAGGGUUCUUGGGCCUGGCUGUCACUCUUUCUGUCACGUCCCCUCACCUAGGCCCUGGGCGCAAAGACAGGGCUGAGACCCAGCGUCUAUCUGCAGUGCUGCAGUCUGGAUGCCAGAGACCACCUCCUCCAUCUUUUGGCCUGUGCUUGGUGGGGAGGGAGCAGUAGUUCAUAGCUCUGGUCCCCUCCUUCUUGCCGCCCUUCUUAUCAAGCAUCUCAGCCACUUGUGACUGGAAACAUGAAUCUCAAGACAAGGGAAGUGAGCCUUUCAGACUAUUAAACUACUUCCUGCAGAGAAAUUCUUCCUCCCAAAGGAGAACAGGAAGCCAGAUACAAUCAAAGACUCUCCACUUCAGGGGCCAAAUGUUUAAUAGUAACAUUGCCCGAGGGAGUCUGGUUCCCGCCCUGGGGAGAGGCCAGGAAGUCUAGGGCCUCAGAGCCCUG